CGAGCACAAAUAAGAGAAAUGAAAGGGGAAUUGUAGUAUUUUUACAGGAAAAAAGGUAUAAUUUCCAUUUCACAAACGAGUGGGAGCAGUGCGCACUUAAUUAGGUAUUUAGGACACCGAGUGUAUCUGUCUGUUGUAACAAAAAUAGUUAAAUACAGCUUUUUUAAAUACUUCUGUGUCUCCGUCGCUGAUGUCACGUUAUUAUUGAUUGAAGAAUGGAGGAAACCCACAAAAAGAUUCUUCUGCGAAAUAGGACGAAUCUUGUUGAAAAUUUGGACCCGUCGAUCCUGUAUGAUGGCCUCAUUGAAAAGAGAGUUUUUACCCAAGACAUGAUCGAUGAGAUAAAGAGCUCUGGGACCAGACGAGCCCAGGCCAGACAGUUGGUCCAGGACUUGGCGACACGUGGGAGUCGGGCCUUUCCAUUAUUUCUGCAGUGCCUUCAGGAGACAGAGCAGCACAGUCUGGCCGAGCUUCUCCAGAACGGCGCUCCAACUGUUCAGCUACAACCUGCAACACCCACUCAGGUUGACCGCCCUGUUGUCCAGCCUCUCCCAGUCUGCCCUGUUUUGGAUGUUGAUAAGCAAAGAAAAGAUGAAGUCCCUGUCAAUCCAAUAAAGAGCACCAGUACUACUCCCAGUCCAUCACCUGAAAGGGAGUCCUUAAGACCAAGGCCACCACCCAGAACUCGAAAGGAUAGUUUUCAGAGCUAUAAAAUGGAUGCCAGCCCAUGCGGACAUUGCCUCAUCAUAAACAAUGUGGAUUUUGAACCUGAUAGCGAGCUGAGCAAUCGCAAGGGGUCCAACAUAGACCGUGACAAGCUGGAGAGGAGAUUCAAGGCUCUCAACUUUAUUGUGGAAGUGAGGACAAACCUGAAACAAAGACAAAUCAAGCAUGAACUGUCAGCUUUAUCGAAGAAAGACCAUUCGCAAUAUGACUGCUGUGUGGUUAUUAUGCUGUCCCAUGGGACUGAGGUGAGUCACAGCCGCUUCCCUGGUGCCGUAUAUGGUGUGGACGGAAAGCACGUCCCAGUUCAGUACAUCACGAACUACCUCAACGGCCAGCAUUGUCCAUCACUACAGGGCAAACCCAAACUUUUCUUCAUCCAGGCCUGCGGAGGAGGUGAAAAAGACACAGGCUUUGAGGUGUCCCCUGAUGAGGUUAAACCGUCUAUCGGUGGAGCAGAUGAUCAGACAGACGCCAUCCCGAUGUCCUCCAGCAGCGACUCUCUGAGCAUGUCCGACGAACCGGACGCCAGAGCCACGCUGCCCACUCCGAGUGACAUUCUGGUGUCCUACUCCACUUUCCCCGGUUAUGUUUCUUGGAGAGACACCCAGGCAGGCUCCUGGUACGUGGAGGUACUAGAUCGUGUUCUUGAGGAAAAUGCCGCUACCGAUGACUUGGCCACAAUGUUGAUGAUGGUUAACCAUGAAGUCUCCCAAAACUCUGCAAAAGGGCUCUACAAGCAAAUGCCUGGUUCCUUUAAUUUUCUCCGCAAACAUCUCCACUUUCAAACCCUAGCAUAGCAGCCAAGUGCAGCUCUCAGUUUCACUUUCAGGGAAAUGUUUCGUCUUUUUUAUUAUCGUAGUUUGAUGAGAUAAUGUCUCAACAGAGUUGAAAAAUGUUUGUAUGUAUGUAUGUAUGUAUGUAUGUAUACUAAAUUCUGGCUGUACUUUUCAAUUUACAAUAAUGCCUAACUGUACAUUUCUAUGGUUUCUCAUGCCUUGCUGUGUUUUUAAUAGUUGGCAACUUUUCUAAAUGAACUUCUUGGGUAUAGGUGUCAUAUCUGAAAGGAAAUAUUGUGAAAAUGUGAUUCAGAUGAGGUUUUUAUAGGUGUUGUAUGUGUCUCCACACAUAGCAGCUGUCAAUUUUCAUGAGACAAUCAACAUCAUGAUGAUACUUUUUUAACUCUGAAAUUUAUAUUAAAGACUUUGCUAACUGGUAUUUCUUUAAUAUUUUCU